GGUCGUCCGCGAGGAAAAUGUAGCUAAAAUUGUUCCGUACUGAAAUUAAUGUGGAAAUGGAGUAAUACCUUGAAGAAUGGGCUCUAGAACACCUCCAGACAACUUCACCACGCAGAAACAACUUGCUGAGAGGUUGCUGCACUCGUCAGUUACCAAAGGGGGAUAAGGAUGGGUGGUGCGGGUGUUGGCAAAAAUGUUAGAGAGCUAGCCGAACGAGUUGUUUUAGUUUCUGAGGAAGUAUAGACAUCUGCUUGUCUCACAGAUUUAGAAGAUUUUUUUUGUGUGAGUCUAGGGGAUUAUUUUUUUUUUUACGUUAAGUAUAGAGAAUUGAAAUAGCUUAAUGAUGGACUGCAGCGAGAAGGUGCUGUGUGGAACAGGAGAGGUGGAUCUGGACCCCAACAUUGUGAGUGAGGAGGCAGGAAAAUUGUAUUCAGAGCUGCAGACUGUCAUUGAAACCCAUGGGGAGGGUGUGGUGGAGUCCCUGGUGCCCAUAUUUGUGUGGGUCCUGGAGGGUCUGGCCUCCUGCAAAGCCCAGCUGAGAGAGAAAGAAGAUGAGGCGGAAAGGGAGAAAGGUGAGCGAGAGGAGCUGCUGGAGAGGUACCAAGCAGAGAAAGCACUGAGGAAAGAGAGUCAGGAGAAGUACCUGGAGCUGGAUGACCAAACAGAACAAGAACGAAGAGCCAUGAGGGGGAGGGAAAAGGAGCGAGAGUGGAGAGAGAGACAGCUGGAGAAGAAAGCUAGAGAGCAAGCUGACCAGCUGGUGGCCUUGGAGGAGCAAAAAGCAAAUCUGAGCAGAGAGCUGAGUACACUGAGACACACUCACAACAAGCUGAAUCACUUGUAUCGGGAGCUUCUGGAAAAGAGGAAGGAUUCAGAAAGGGAAUCUCCUUUGAGGAAUCAUGUGCAUCCCAGGAACGCAGACUUUCCAUCUCGCCUGCUGCUGUCAGAUUCCACUUUUAGUGAAAAGAUAGUUCAAAGACCACAUUCUAACUCGGGCCCCCCGUGUUUGGAUGAUCUCGUAGCUAAAAAAGAACACGUGAACGAUGUUGAUCCGAAGACGUCUUCGGAUCAGUUCGUCACAGACAUCAUUUGCUCCACACCUGAGCUCACGGAGUUUCAUGACGGUGUAAAGGCGAGCACCCCGGUUGAAACCGAAGCGCUGCCGAAAGAUGAGCUGGAGAGCGAAUCGAAGGACGAGUUAACGAAAGUGGACGAGCAGAGAGGAGGAGAGACGGGAAAAACGGACCAGGAGGACAACAAGGAGGUGGAGGAAGAUGACUGCACGGAGUGGGAUCUGCGCAACACAGACUCCGUUUUCUCCGAACUGUCCGAGUUGAGUCGGGACUGCGUUGAGAGUGUGGACCACGGGGCGAAUGUUCGAGACAGUGCCGACCAGUUUGAGGAGGUUCUUUCUCAGUACGAGGAUCUAAAAAUCAUUCAUGAAUCGGUCGAAGCGGCCCGUAAGGCUCUGCUCUUUCGGGUGGUUGAGCUGACAGACGAUCGCUCUGCCCUCGUCCUGGAACUGUCCACUCUUCAGGAGACCGUGGCACGAUUAGAGGGGCGGAUGAAGGAGAAGGACGAAGAAAUUAAAAGACUGCGUAACGAACUGGAAACGUGUCGGUCUGAAGAUCCAGAUGCUGGUUUGCCCACAUCCAUGCGUCACUUCUCUCGUUCUGAAAUGGCUCGUGUGGUCAUGGAGAAGAACCAGUACAAACAGCGUCUGUUUGAGCUGCAGGAGGCUGUCCGACACAGCCAGACACUUAGAGCAACCAAAGAGGUGAAGUUUACAGAGGAACGAAGGUCGAGUGUUUGGAGAAAAUUCAACCGCUUGUUUGGCCUGUCCAAGGAACCUCUAGUUCCGCCUCCUUCUGCGUUGGUCCGGCAGACUUCCCCGUCCUUAACCCGCUCUCCUCUGGAAUCUCCACAUCUCCCAUCAAUCAGUCGAACUCCGUCUGAAUCGUCUUUUUCAACUGUUGCUUCACCUCGCGUCAGGAGGAGGGAACUGUACCGAGAAAUUCGCUCUCAGAUUUGGAGGACUUUGGGAAAGCGACACAUCCAUGGCUGGAGCGUGCCGCUGGCAAACACACCGGAGUCUGGUGAAUCUGUGCCAGAGCCUAAAGAUGUGCCUGUUUUAGUGCAGCUCAGGCUGUUGGAUCAAAGAGACUCCGUUGCCAAGAUUAACUGUGCUGCUGCAGUCACACCUGAGAUUUCAGGAGAAGCCACAUGUUCGGUGUGGGUCGUUUCUGGUCCCGCUUCCUGCAGUGACAUCACUGUGAUUGAUCCAGCACGGUCCAACACGGUACUGGACCAGUUCAGCCUCCCUCCCACAGCCCCUGCUCUCUGCAUCUGUGCUGUGCCUCCUGUAGGUCAGUCCCGGUUCAGUGGAGUUCAGUUUUUCUGACUUUUCUUUUGUUGUUCAACGUUUUACUGGAAGCACUUGGAAAUUACCAGUCAGCGUUUCUGGCGUCACAAUCGAUUUGGGUUUGUUUUGUCAGAUAAAUCUGCUGGUACCGUAUGGAUUGGAACUCAGGAAGGAAGUGUUUUAAUCCAUCCAGCCUCUGGAAACAGGAGAUGCUGUCUGCAAUCGGUGUCUCUCUCAGAGGGCGUCCAUUCACUCACAUGUUCCAACAGUCAGGUUGUUGCUGGUUUAGCUGAUGGUACUUUGGCAUUUUUCUCACACACUUCAGAUGGCUGGAACCUGCAGUCACACUCUGUGAUGCCUCUUGAAACCAACCCCCUGCAGCCCGUUCGCUGUUGCCUUGCUAAAGGUGGCCGCCUGUGGGUGGGGUACUGGAACAAAGUCCACGUGGUUGACAUGGAGAGCAAGAAGGUGGAGCACAUCUUCUCGGUCUCGGAGCGCUGUGAACAGCAGGUUCGCUUCCUGUGUGCGGGAGGGAGUGGUGUUUGGGCGUCCUGCCGUCUCGACCCAAUCAUCAGGCUGUUUGACUGGUCCACUAGACGGCCACUUCAAGAAGUUGACUUUACAUCUUUGGUCACAAAAACAUUAGGCCAGCCCUUCUUGUCGCUGUCGCCUCUCCAGAUCUCGUCUCUUACCAUCAUCUCUGGUCGUUUGUGGGUGGGAACAGGAGGGGGGGCCAUUUUCUCCAUCCCCCUGUCCAUAACCUCAGAGGAUGUUUCCAUCCCGUAUUGCUCCACGGUGUUGGCCCAGCUGUCGUACCACGGACACAGACAAGCCGUCAGAUUCAUCCUUGCUGCACCUGGAUGUUUGAUCGCCUCUCCUGGCAGCAGCCACGUCACCACAGCUCAGCUCAUCCUCAGUGGAGGAGAGGGAUACAUCAAUUUCCGAAUCGGAGAUGAUGAAAGUGAUGAAUCGCUGGAGGUGUCGCAGGCCUCACCACAGCGGUGUGAGCGUGGUCACAUGAUCAUCUGGCAGACGCCCAGUCUUUCUGUGCCCGGCUCUUCCCUCUGA